AUGGCUCUGCAGCCGUCUAUCACAGUAGUGGAAGUCACAGGGGAUGAAGAUGAGGAAUGGGGGGACGAAGACGAGGUGGUGGUGUGGAGCAAAAACAGCACCAAUACCCAGGGUUCGGCGCUUGACGGCGAUAAUGUCGGUGUUCGGGGGAAACAACAGGGCCGGCAUCAUCCGCGCGGGCUGCUUGUCGCCUCGUUGGCCAACCUCGCCAUCAGUUACAACGUGGUCAAUGUCGGCCUCGCCCUGAAGAUCAUGGCCAAGAUUUACCCAUCAGAAUCGGCCACAGACGAGAGCUUGGUGAGCUCCGCGGCCAUCCUUGGCAUGAUGGCGGGACAAGUAAUCUUCGGAGCGCUGGGCGACUGCCUCGGGCGACAGCUGGCACUCUCCUGCACCCUCCUGGUUUGCGGUGCAGGUGCGGCUGGUAGCGCACUCCUGACGUUCGAACACGGCCUCAUCGGUGGAGACAUUUUCCGCCAGCUGCUCUACUGGCGUGUCUUGCUGGGCAUUGGCGCGGGAGGGGUAUACCCACUCGCGGCCACCCUUGCCAGAGCCAGCAGAAUCAGCGGUUGGUGUUCACGCCUGAACGGUGGCAGCGGUGGCGACGAGGACACCGGCAGCACCUCCGUGGCGCUCAUGUUCUCGAUGCAGGGGGUGGGUUACCUCGCCGCCCACUUGACCGGGUUCGUCCUGCUGACCACCUUCCCGGAGCCGUCUUCCCUGGCGUGGCGCUCGCUGCUGGGGCUGGGGGCGGUGCUGCCGUUAGGCCUAGCGGUCGCGCUCGCGCUGGCCCUCGCACGCGCUCGGCGGUACAGGCUCGUGCAAUCGUCGCUGGGGGAAGAGGAGGAAGACGAGGAUGCUAUCGGGGUGCCAAGGGGUGGUGGCGCAAGCGACGAGGUGUCUAGCCCCGUGCGUUUCUGGCUGGCCGUUCGAGACAAGAGACGGCUGCUGAUGAAGCUUGUCGGGACGGCCGGGUCGUGGUUUUUGUUCGAUGUUACAUUCUACGGUAAUCAGCUGCUCACACCCCAGGCGCUGCAAGAUGUGUCCGUUCGCGCUCCAUGCAAGUUCCGUUGGCUUCCCUCUGCCGGGCACUGUUGACGCCGCCCUCCCUGUUGCACGCGGAGCCUGUGGUCCGUUCGAUCGCAAUCCGUGCCAUGGUAGACCGUACCAAUCAAACGUACCAUUAGCCCGAUGAUGGAAGAUUGUAUUUUUUUUUUUUUUUUUGUUCUUCACUUCAAAUCAGCGCUCACAGCACUAGUGCCGUUUAUUCCAACCCGUGGACACACAGAAGAGCCUCUCUCUACCCUCCCCUCCUGCGGUACUUCGCCUUCAAUUUUUAAUGCGAGAAGAGUUCAGCACUCUCUUCCCGCUGUGUACACACGAACUAGCGCUAUCCACUUGGCCAGGAGUGGAAGCGAGAGAAAACUCACUUUGCAAGAAAAGCUCGCCUACGCCGGGAUUCGAACCCCUGACCUGACCUCUAGAAGGUUACGAGGCUACCAACUAGA